UAUCUGUCAAAUGUUACUUUUGACACAUAUUAAAUAUCUGAACUAUUUAUCUGUUAAUACAGAUUACAGAUAUUUUCAAACAGGCACAACACUGAUAAACUGUUGUGAUAGACAAAUAGGUUAUUACUUUAGACCUAUUUAUAUUUUCUUGGUGUAGUUACCUCAUCUAUAAAGGAAAUGGUUUCCAACAACCAAUGUCUUCCAGUUUCUGAAAUACUGAAGUCAAAAAGUGAAACUGAUGAUGAACCAAAGAAGAAAUCGAGAGAAGACUGGAGGAAGGCCAAAGAGUUGGAAGAAGCUCGAAAGGCUGGAACAGCUCCAGCUGCGGUUGAUGAAGAAGGAAAGGACAUAAACCCCCACAUCCCCCAGUAUAUAUCCUCUGCACCUUGGUAUUAUGGAAAAACUGGCCCUACUUUGAAACAUCAAAGGCCCCAAGAAGAGAAACAAAAAGAAUAUUCUGGGAUAGACGAGUGGUAUGCCAGAGGAGUUGACAGGUCCAAAGUCGUCAUUAAAUACCGAAAAGGAGCUUGUGAAAACUGUGGAGCAUUAACACACAAGAAGAAAGAGUGUAUGGAGAGACCCAGAAAGGUUGGGGCAAAAUUCUCCGGAGCCAAUAUUGCUCCUGAUGAGUACAUCCAAAAAAAUCUCUCAUUGAGUUUUGAUGGAAAACGAGACAGAUGGAGUGGGUAUGAUCCCUCAGAGCAUAAAACUGUCAUUGAAGAAUUCCAGAAAGUUGAAGAGGCCAAGAGACAUUUGAAAGCUGAGAAACUGAAUGCUGAGGAAUCGGAAGAUGAAGAAAAAGACGAGGACAAAUAUGUAGAUGAGGUUGACAUGCCAGGAACAAAAGUGGAUAGCAAACAUAUUAUUGUUUUCAGUUACCAUGGAGAGAAUUUCGUUCGAUUUUCUGGAGACACUCAAAAUCAUGCCAAAGCCCAAUUAUUUGCUUGGGAAGCAUAUGAAAAAGGAGUCGACGUCCAUUUACUGGCUGAACCGACAAAACUUGAGCUACUUAAAAAAGAGUAUGAGAAAAAAAAAGAACAAAUCAAGACCAAAAUUCAGAGCAAUGUUUUGGAAAGAUACGGAGGUGAGGAGCACUUAGAAGAACCUCCUAGAAGUCUGCUGCUCGCUCAAACAGAAGAUUAUAUUGAAUACUCAAGAUCAGGCAAAAUUAUUAAAGGAGCUGAGAAGGAGGUGAUCAAAUCCAAGUAUGAGGAGGAUGUUUACAUAAAUAAUCAUACUUCAGUUUGGGGAUCGUAUUGGCGUGGAGGCCAGUGGGGCUACAAGUGUUGUCAUUCAUUUAUCAAAAAUUCCUUCUGCCUUGGAGAAGCCGGUAGAAAUUCGGAGAUUGUUAAGCCUCACGAGCUGCCAGAAAGUAGAGGUGAUGUGAACGAAGAUAUACCUGAUGAUAAGAAAGGGAAUAGUGAUCGAGAUGAGAGCAGCUCCAGUUCAUCGGACGAAAAAUCUAAAAAGAAGAAACAGAAAAAAGAAAAGAAAAAACUCAAGAAAAUGAAGAAGAAACUGAGGCAAGAAAAACACAUAACCAACAAAAUGGAAGAAACAGAAGAAAUCAUGGAUGAGAGAAAACGACCGUAUAACAGUAUGUAUGAGGUGAAAAAGCCUACGGAAGAGGAGAUGGAACAAUAUUUCAAGAAGCGAAAGAGGGAUGAAGAUCCAAUGAAUCAGUUCUUGUAGAUAAAUAGUUGUGAAUACUCUGUAAUAUAGUUUUUUAUUUUUCAUA